CCAUUGCCGUUGGCCGGUUAGCGGGUCUCCGAGUCUCGGACACUCGCUUUGCUUUUGCCCGCUUGCGGAUUUUCAUAGUUCAGUGCGCUUUCCAGUCGACAACGACAACGCGAACGGACGACCGCGACGACGACAGCUGACGACAGCAGCAGCCCAACCAUCAGCACCAUCGGCAUUAGCAUCAGCAUGAGCGACAGAAGCAGCGUCUAAAUAUAAUCAUUUUUAUUUGUGAUUUAUUUAAUCAACAUCUCACCCAGAGGCCAACGAGAAGGAUUGGCAACUGAGGGGGCGGUGCGACGACGACAACGGCGAGAUAGAAAGAUAGAAAGAUAGAUAGAUAGAUAGAUAGAUGGAAAUAUCGGGGAAAAGAGCGGCAAAUUGCUCUUGAAAGUGAAAGAAAUUGCACAGAAAGUGCAGCCAAGUGUUUGCUUAUCGGCUGUCUGCUGUCGGCUGACGGCUGUCGGCGAUUGAAUCAAUCAGCUGGCUGAUACCACAAAGCCAAAAGUGCUGCAAGUGAAUGGAGUGAGAUUGUGGAUAUGUGGAUGUGGAUAGGUGCGGAAGUCGCACUUCGCACUUGAAAACUUGGAAUCGUUGGAAGUCAAGGCUGGAAGGUUCUUCGCGGAUUAGACUGCGGCAGUGAAAACUGGAAAAUUCAGGAUAUAAUGUCUCGGCCGCUAAUCAGUGAUACAAGCAGAGCGAAUUAAGUGGAUAUCAGCGUGUUAAAAAAUGCUGAAAUCUUUUAAAUCAGUCAUCCGAUUUAAAUAAGCAAGAAGAGUGAACAGAAACAACCGUAUGGCUAUCAAAAAUAUAUAUCUCCAGUUUUUUAUCAGUGGCCAAAGCCUCCUUGGAACAACAUAUAGCCGAAAUCGAAGUUGAGAGUGAAUCAAUCAAUGGAAAUCGAGGAGAUGUCGUAACCGACAUUCGCCCAAGUCAACAAUCUUAUACAAACUGAUGUUGCUGCUAUCGCUUAUCGGAAUUCGGUGAAAUCAGUUACCUGUGUGUUGUUGUGUUGUGUUGCGUUGUAUUGUGUGUGUGUGUGUGUGUGGUGCUAUCGGCACAUUCGCUUUGGCCAAACACUUUAACCACAACAAAUUGUUGUUAUGCGUGCUGCUGUCGCUGGAGUUGUUGCUGCUGCCAUUAUGCAACAUGCCGCAGUUUGAUGAGUCUUUUUUGAGCGACUGUGCGCUCGCCGACCGCUGGCGUUUCUACUCGUACACGGUCAAGCAGUUGCCAUCGCAGCCGCAGCCGCAGCCAAAUCCGAAUCCGAAUCCGAAUCCCAAUCCAAUACCCCAUACCGAUCCGAAUCCCAAUGCGAAUCUCAGUCAGAGUCAGAGUUUGAGUUUGAGUCUGAGUCGCCACAGUGAUGGAUCCCCUCGCUACUGGAAGACACAGCGGCAAUCUUGGUCGCCUCGCGACGACAACAACAACAAUAAUAACAACAGCAGCAACAACAACAGCAGCAACAAGAAGAGCCAAAGCCCAAGUGGCAAUAGCAAUGGCAACACCUGCAACAUUGCCACCGGCAACACGUUGCACAGCAUCAAAUUCCACAGACGGCGCAGAUACAAAAAGUUGACGCGAUUGGCGCUAUCAACGCCAGCGAUUCCGCUGCAGAUGGACGUGGAUAUCGGUGUGGAUAUGGAGAUGGCCGCCACACCUGUGCCGCUCAAGAAUGCGGUGUGCCACGGCAGCAUCAGUUCUCCAUCCACGCCCGGCACCUGUUCCAGUGGCAUCGGAGUGGGCGGCGGUGGCGGCUGCAGCAGCAAGAGCAACAGCAACAACAGCAUCAACAGCGGCGGCUACGCGACCGCCUGCACCCCGCCACCACCCGCGCACCACCACCAGCAGCAGCAGCAGCACCACCACCACCACCACAGCUCCUCGCAGCAGCAGGGAGCGCCGGGGGGAUCUAGUCGGGUGUCAGGAUCAGGAGGCGCCGGAGCAACUGGAGGUGCAGGAGGAGCUGGAGGUGGAGUUCCGCCGGCACCACCCAGUGCCGGGUCGUCGGGACACAAGAACAGCUUGAAGGGCACGAAGCUGGCGCGGAGGGCGCGCUCCUUCAAGGACGACCUCAUCGAGAAGAUCUCCCUGAUGCGGACCACGAACAACACCCUGGGGCGCUCCCACUCGCCGCACUCGCCGCGCACCAAGCACGGAUCGAAGGCCCCGCCCACCACCGAGGAGGUGCAGCGGUCGACGCAAACGCUGGAGACGCACGUCAAGGACAUCUCCAAUGCCCUGAAGCACUUCCGGGACGUGAUACUCAAGAAGAAGCUGGAGGUGCUGCCGGGCAACGGGACGGUCAUCCUGGAGACCAUUGCCAGCAUGUACUCGGUGAUCCAGACGUACACCCUGAACGAGAACAGUGCCAUCAUGAGCUGCGCCACCCAGCAGGUCUACCAGAGCCUGGGCAAGCUCAUCAAGCUCUGCGACGAGGUGAUGCUCUCCGAGGAGAGCGGCGAGUGCGCCUCCCUGAGCAACGACAACGUGCGCGAGGUCAUCGACCUGCUCGAGGCCGCAGUGCGGAACCUCGUGACGCUGGCGCAGGGCAAGCUGAAGGAGCAGGACCAGUGCGCCUUCCGCUACAGCGGCUCCGGCCUGGGCGGCAUCGGGGCGGCGGCCGAGAUCAUGGGCGUGGUCACCUCAGCGCCGGGAGUGGCGGCCGGGGCUCCCAUGCGCGUCUCCGUCGCCGAGUCGGCGGCCAUCGCCCAGCGGACCUCGCUGCCGGACAUCGGGCUGACGCCCAAGGAGCGCGACAUCCUGGAGCAGCACAACGUGAACCCCAUGCGCGGCUCCCACAGCACCGAGAGCAUCCUGCGCGACACGAGUCCUCCGCCGAAGCCGCCGCUCCCCGACCGCGCCAGCAAUCCCCCGCCGCUGCCCCCCAAGCGACGCAGCCAGCCGGGUGCGUCUGCGGGCGGAGUGGGCGUGGCCGGUGGCGGUGGCGUGGGCUCCUCCUCAUCGGCGUCCACCUCGAACCAGGCCAGUCCGCUGCCGUAUGCGCAGUCGCACAACAUCAGUUUGAACUCGGACCUGGACUGCAGCUCGCUGCUGAACUACGGCGUGGAUAGGCUAUCGGUGCGCUCCCGGUCGCCAGACGAGAAUAGUCAGUGCUCCUUCGACUCGGCGUUGAAUCACUCGCGGGAGGAGGAGGACCACCACCAACAGCAACAGCAACAACAACAACAGCAGCUGCUGCAGCAGCAGCAGAGGCAUGUGCCAAAGAUGCCGGCGAUGCUGGCCGAGGACAUGGAGAAGCUGGUCAGCUACAGUGAGUAUUGUCGCGGCGCUCCGCCGCCGACUGCUGGUCAGCACCGGUCGUCGACUGGUCAAGGUUCGGCCGCCACGUCCAACGAAUCCCGCGCAGAAGCCGCCAUCGAGGACAAGGCGCAGCAGACAGCCCUCCUGCUUGGUGGCGGUAAUCCGGGGGCCGUUCCUGUUUUUAGUUCCUGUUCCGGUGCAUCUGCAACUGCAUCUGCAUCUGGAUCUGGAGGAGUUGGCGAUGCAGGAGGCGUCGCCUCAGCGACUGGUGGUGGCGGGGAGACUAACAGCAAUCGCCACUCAAACGAAUCGGGUUUCGUUUCGAUGCGCGAGUUCCGCACCUCCACGCAGACGACGAGCAGCAACUCGGAGAUGGCGGUCAGCAUCAGCGAGUCGUCGGCGGUGGUGGGCGGCGAGUACCAGCAGAUCAGCCAGACGGUGUCGCAUAGCCAGCGGCAGAUCUCGAGCAGCAGCUGCACCACCACCACCACCAGCAGCACAAGUAGCAGCACCACCACGGGAUACUCCAGCACCACCAGCGAACUGGAGCACCAGCAGCAGCAGGCGGUCACUCUCGGAUCCUCGCCGGAACUGGCGCCCGCCCUGCCGCCAAAGAGCGUCCAGAGGAGCAGCCUCACGCGCCACGAGUCGACGACCGACGAGCUGGACGAGGCCCAGUCCGCAUCUGGGUGGGCUAGCCACCGGAGCAGCCAGUCGGAGGUGGCCGAGCUGCGGCAGGUGUCGCCGUACCACCACCUCAACCACCUGAACCAGAUGAACCACCUGAACCAGAUGAACCAGCUGAACCAUCCGCACAGCUGCUCCGCCGGGCAGCUGCAGCCGUGGCCCUCGAAGCACCGCAGCCUGAUCGAGGGAUCGCGCGGCAUCCAGCUGGCGGGCAGUGCGGGGAGCUGCAGCCAGCGCCACUUGGACCAGGAGCCGCCGCCGCUGCCGAUGAAGAAGAAGCACAUUCUGGCCUACAUGGAGAUCUGCUCGGCCUCCACGCGAUCCAUCGAGCAGCACCGCCACACGAUGCACGCCUACAACAUCAGCCGCAACAUCUCGCACAGCCAGACCAUGAACAUCAUGCCGAUGAGCAAGGAGCUGUCGCCGGAAGUGGAGGUGCCGCCCGCGCUCCCGCCAAAGAACUACAAGCAGCGCAAGGCGACAAGCAUGGGUCCCUCCGCCUCCGCCUCACUGCAGCCCAUCAUUGUGACCACGCCGCCGCCGAGUCCCAAGCCGACGCUGGCCGAGAAUGGGUUGGCCGGCGGAAGCGGAGGCAAGCCGGACAGCCGGAUGGCGACCGUCUGCGAGGAGCUCCACGAUGGGUUGGCCGGCGAGGAGGCGCUGGCGGAGCCCCGCUCCCCGGUGCUGGACAGCAACGAGAACGUGAGCGGCGUCGUCGACGACGGCGGCCAUACCUUCUACUGUCACUCGCACCAGCUGCCCGGCGGCGACUCGGAAGAGGGCGCGAUUAACGCCGGCCAGCCGAUCAGCACGCCCCAACUGCUCGAGGUCGAUCCGGAGCAGGCGGAGGAGGGGCAGCAGGGCGGCCAGGCCGGCGACGAGGCAGCCAAGCCGGAUGAGGAGAUCGAGAUCGAGCCGGAUGCCGAGGCGGAGGGCGAGGGCGAGGGCGAGCCGGAGGAGAUGCUGGUCAACAUGCUGGAGGAGGUGAACAUCACGCGGUACCUGAUACUCAAGAAGAAGGAGGAGGAGGGGCCCGAGGUGAAGGGCGGCUACAUCGACGCCCUGAUCGUGCACGCCAGCCGCGUCCAGAAGGUCGCCGACAACGCGUUCAGCGAGGCCUUCAUCACCACCUUCCGCACCUUCAUCCAGCCGAUCGACGUGAUCGAGAAGCUGACCCAUCGCUACACAUACUUCUUCUGUCAGGCGCAGGAGGACAAGGCCGCCAAGGAGACCUUCUCGCUGCUGGUCCGCGUCGUCAGCGAUCUAACGUCGACGGAUCUCACCAGCCAGCUGCUGAGCCUGCUGGUGGAGUUCGUCUAUCAGCUGGUCUGCUCCGGCCAGCUCUACCUGGCCAAGUGCCUGCGCAACAAGUUCGUGGAGAAGGUGACGCUGUACAAGGAGCCCAAGGUGUACGGCUUCCUCGGCGAGCUGGAGUUGGGCGGCGGCAGUGGCGGCGGGGCCGCCGGGGCGGGAAUCGCCGGGAGCGGCGCUGCCGGCGGAGGAGGCGGAGGUAACCAACUGAGCCUGCUGGACCUCAAGUCGCUGGAGAUCGCCGAACAGAUGACGCUGCUGGACGCCGAGCUGUUCCAGAAGAUCGAGAUACCCGAAGUAUUACUAUUUGCCAAAGAUCAGUGCGAGGAGAAGUCGCCGAACCUCAACAAGUUCACCGAGCACUUCAACAAGAUGUCCUACUGGGCGCGCUCGAAGAUCCUGCGCCUGCAGGACGCCAAGGAGCGCGAGAAGCACGUGAACAAGUUCAUCAAGAUCAUGAAGCACCUGCGCAAGAUGAACAACUACAACUCCUACCUGGCCCUGCUCUCGGCCCUCGACUCGGGCCCCAUAAGAAGACUGGAGUGGCAGAAGGGCAUCACCGAGGAGGUGCGCUCCUUCUGCGCCCUCAUCGAUUCCAGCUCCAGUUUUCGGGCCUAUCGGCAGGCCCUGGCCGAAACGAAUCCGCCCUGCAUACCAUAUAUCGGCCUGGUGCUGCAGGACUUGACGUUUGUGCACGUGGGCAACCAGGACUACCUGUCCAAGGGCGUGAUUAACUUCUCCAAGCGCUGGCAGCAGUACAACAUUAUUGUGAACAUGAAACGUUUCAAGAAAUGUGCCUAUCCAUUUCGACGCAACGAGCGCAUAAUACGCUUCUUCGAUAACUUCAAGGACUUCAUGGGCGAGGAGGAGAUGUGGCAGAUAUCCGAGAAGAUCAAGCCACGGCCACGCCGCCCCGUCAACUAUUAGUCUUCAAGCAGCAACAGCAAAACACCAAUAUAAUAUAUUACCAAAAUAUAUAUACAAAAUUAAUUAAAUAGUGCAAAGGUCUGGCACGUCUUCGAGGUCGAGGUCGAGGGCAUCAUGAGGAGCAGCCGAAAACUAUUCUAAUGGGUCUGAGCAAUAAUGUUCGCUAUUAUCUGUCUAUACAUAUAUAUACAAUUAUACAAGAUAUCUAGCUGUAGUAACCAGCCAACGCCGGAUCAGAAAUACAUACGAGUACAUAUUCUUAAGAAAUAGCGAUUCAGAUAACGAGCCGGUCCGGUCUGUAGUAUAACUAUUAGGCUCUACGACGACUCAGCUAACUCCCCACCAAUAAUCGAGUCCCUAUCUAUGACAAACAAGUCCCGAAACAUUCGCCAGCACUAGAAUACCAAACUAACCAAACGAACCACCAGAGAGAUAUGUAUAACCAAUCCAGGAUCCAGGAAUCAGCAACUUUCGCUUUUGUUUUGAGAUCUCUUUUACACAAGAACACAACGAAUUUUUGGAAACCAGCUACGUGCGAACGUAGAAGAGGCCAGCCGACAAACCUAUAUCCGUGAUAUCUUUAGCGAUAUCGCGGACUAUGUGAAUCGAGGCAAUCCACGAGCCACGAGAACACCAAGUAACCGAGCACAAAGCGCGUUAUAUGCAACUCUCCGAAGUCAACCAAUAUUAAUUAAAUUAAAUACCCGUGUGUGUUAGAAGUUAUUGAAGAUUUAACUUGGAAUCGAUAACGGAUUUCAGAUUCGAAAGAAACAAGCGGUGUCGAUCGAUCAAAUCAAUUAAUCAAAUCAAUCAAAGUUUAUUUCGCGACUCAAUUAAUCGAAACAACUUUUAAAGUUACAAAACAAGAACAAAGCUAAAGCUACGGAAGAUUAUCUAAAUUCGAUUUGCUUUUAAAUGUAUGACUAACAUUAAAAAUAUUUAUGGGCAUGUAAUAAUAGUUCUAAAUAAAGCUUUUGACUCCUCCUUUCGAUUCAGCAAGGAAUAAAUUUAUUGAUAAUGCGUGUAAAAAUAAUAAACAGCAGAGGUAUUACUGUACUGUAUGGAAUCGAACUCAACUUGUUUUUACCAAGCAAACUCGUAACGUCUGAAAACCUUGUCUUCUUAUUUAGAAAUGGGACUGCUUAUUUGAAAAAUUGUAAUUCUCGAUCAAAAUAGCCAUUUUUAUUGAACGUUUAUGAUAAAUUGUGUUGAGUGAAUUCGGUAAUUUUUUGCUGCUUCUUCCGCUGCCGCUGGCGCAUAAAUUAUGUUUACUAAGCUAACGAACCCAAGGAUCAAAUUGUAUUCUUUUUUUUUUUGUCUCAUAUUAUUAUAUAAAACAUUUUAUAUGUAUAUGUAUGUAUGUUAAACUUAACUGAUUAGUUGAUAUGUCAUCACGUAGAAUUGUACUUUUGUUCCCCAAAGUAGAAACAAUUUUCAAUUGUAAAUGUAUUUGUAACUAAAUGUUAUACGUGUACUCUUAAGAAGAAUGAAAAUAGCUACCACAAUCAAUGUAUUUUUCCUUUA